AUGGCCAACCCCGAGGUGCACCACUUGUUCCACAAUCCCAUCGCAGACCACUCGUUCUCGGCCGACCAGCAAACCCUCGUUGUCGCGCGUGACACCUCGGUCGAGCUCUACGGUCGGUCUGGAAGUAGCUUCAAGCUGCAGGAUGAAUUGAAGGGCCAUGACAAGACCGUGACCAGUGUCGACAUUGCGCCCAGCACUGGACGCAUUGUGACGUGCUCGCAAGACCGCAAUGCCCUCGUCUGGGAACCUUCGCCGACCGGCUACAAGCCCACCCUCGUUCUGCUCCGCAUCAGCCGCGCGGCUACUUUUGUUCGUUGGUCGCCCAACGAGUCCAAGUUCGCCGUUGGCUCUGGCGACCGCCUCAUCGCUGUCUGCUACUUCGAGGAGGAGAACGACUGGUGGGUGUCAAAGCACCUGAAGAAGCCUAUCCGCAGCACCAUUACCAGUGUCGACUGGCACCCUAACUCGGUGCUCCUCGCCGCUGGCUCGACGGAUGCUCACGCGCGUGUGUUCUCGAGCUACAUCAAGGGCGUUGACCAGCGCCCCGAGCCUACUGUCUGGGGUGACCGGCUGCCCUUCAACACUGUCUGCGGCGAGUUCCUGAACAACUCGGCCGGAUGGGUGCACUCUGUCGCAUUCUCCCCUAGCGGCGACAGCCUCGCCUUCGCGGCCCAUGAUAGCAGUAUCACCGUUGUCUAUCCCAGUGCGCCUGAACAGCCUCCGAAGGCCGUGGUUUCCAUCUCGACCCAGCUGCUUCCCUUCAAGAGUUUGAUCUGGAGGUCCGAGGACGAAAUUGUGGCUGCUGGAUACGACUGCGAGGCUUUCCGCUUCCAGGGCGGCGAGGGAGGCUGGCAGCUCGCUGGUGCCGUGGAUACUAGAGGUCCUUCGGCUGCUGGCGGCGAACAGAGGGAGGAGUCCGCUUUGAAGAUGUUCAAGCAGAUGGAUCUCAAGGGCAAGGGCAAGGACGAUACUCAGCUCAAGACUGUCCACCAGAACACCAUCACUAUGAUCCGCCCCUACCAAUCCUCUGGCAGCGGAGUCGCCAAAUUCAGCUCGAGCGGUGUCGAUGGGCGUGUCGUUGUCUGGACAAUCUAG